AUGACAUCAUGGCCGUUUAGCCGAUUUCGACAGCGAUCCAGGCUAGCCGAUUCCGUAGACAUCUCGGGCUCCCGUGCUUCAAUUCCAAAGUCUGGCGUAAACAAGUAUAGGGCAACUUCUAAAUUUUGCCACCUGGACUUGGCCUCCUUUUGUACACAGUACGGGUGCUCGACAGCUCGAGAGAUGGUGCUAGGUGUUGCGAAAGGAACAAGAAUGGAGCCAGGAACUCCCUCGGAGCCCGAGCCGACGCCGUCCGACGGCAGCAGGGACUGGUCCGAGCUGCCCCUGGACGCCCUGGUGCUGGUGUUCGCGAGGCUUGGCCCCGUGGAGAUCCUCAUGGGGUCCGGCCUCGUGUGCCACUCAUGGCUCCAGGCGGCCAAGGAGCCUUCGCUGUGGGCAUCCCUGGACAUGUCCAACCACAGGGCCAUCGAAGAGAUGCACGCCGGCGUCCUGCGCGAAAUGGCCAGGGUCGCCGUGGACCGCUCCAAGGGCCGGCUGGAGGCCUUCUCGGGGAAGUACUUCGUCACCGACGAGCUUCUCAAGCACAUCUCGGCCAGGUCGUCGUCAGCAUCUCUCAGGAGCCUGAGCCUCGUAUCCUGCAACGAGGUCACCAACAAGGGCUUCACCGAGCUGGUGACUCACGCGCCGCGGCUCGAGGACCUGUCGCUGGAGCUGUGCCCGAACGUGGGCGGCCGCCACGUGUUCGAGUCCGCCGGCAGGGCGUGCCCGCGGCUGAGGCGCUUCAGCCUGCGCAGGGAGUGCUUCCGGUUCUCCCUCAACUACUCCCGGCGCACCGCGGAGGCGCUCGGGAUUGCGGCGGCGAUGCCCGGGCUGCGCAGCCUCACCCUCGUCAGCUGCAACAUCAACAACGACGAGCUGGCGGCCGUCGUCGAGGGGUGCCCGCGCCUGGAGACGCUCUGCCUGAGGGAUUGCUACAAGGUCAUCGCUGAUGGCUCACUCCGGGCCAAGUGUGCCGGCAUCAGGACGCUGACGCUUCCCGAUCGUGUUUGA